CCUGGGGGCGCUCUGUUCUCUGCGGGAGGAGGCUCAUGACCGUUGUGUUCUCUUUCCUUCCAGAGGGAGACUGGCCAGGCUGCAGGGGAAGCUGUGCGUCUCUGAGGAGCUGGGUGACGGGUGCUCUGGGUAACAGGGCACGGCGGUUUGGCCACCAUGAGCUGGAGCUUCCUGACCCGCCUGCUGGAGGAGAUCCACAACCACUCCACGUUUGUGGGGAAGAUCUGGCUCACAGUGCUGAUUGUCUUCCGCAUCGUCCUGACCGCGGUGGGCGGGGAGUCCAUCUACUACGACGAGCAGAGCAAGUUUGUGUGCAACACGGAGCAGCCGGGCUGCGAGAACGUGUGCUACGACGCCUUCGCGCCGCUGUCGCACGUGCGCUUCUGGGUGUUCCAGAUCAUCCUGGUGGCCACGCCCUCCGUGAUGUACCUGGGCUACGCCAUCCAUAAGAUCGCCAAGAUGGAGCACGGCGAGGCCGACAAGAAGGCGGCCCGGAGCAAGCCCUACGCCAUGCGCUGGAAACAGCACCGGGCUCUGGAGGAGACGGAAGAGGACCACGAGGAGGACCCCAUGAUGUACCCAGAGAUGGAGCUGGAGAGUGAGAAGGAGAACAAGGAGCAGAGCCAGCCGAAGCCCAAGCACGAUGGCCGGCGGCGGAUCCGGGAGGACGGGCUCAUGAAGAUCUACGUGCUGCAGCUGCUGGCCAGGACGGUGUUCGAGGUGGGCUUCCUGAUAGGGCAGUACUUCCUGUACGGCUUCCAAGUGCACCCGUUCUACGUGUGUAGCCGGCUGCCGUGCCCCCAUAAGAUCGACUGCUUCAUUUCCAGACCCACUGAGAAGACCAUCUUUCUCCUGAUCAUGUACGGCGUCACGGGCCUCUGCCUGCUGCUCAACAUCUGGGAGAUGCUUCACCUGGGCUUUGGGACCAUCCGGGACUCCCUGAACAGCAAGCGGAGGGAACUUGACGAUCCGGGUGCUUACCAUUACCCGUUCACUUGGAACACGCCGUCUGCACCCCCUGGCUACAACGUCGCUGUCAAGCCGGAUCACGUCCAGUACACCGAGCUGUCCAACGCGAAGAUCGCCCACCGGCAGAACAAGGCCAACACGGCCCAGGAGCAGCAGUAUGGCAGCCACGAGGAGCCGCUCCCAGCCGAGCUGGAGGCGCUGCAGCGGGAGGUUCGGCUGGCGCAGGAGCGCCUGGACCUCGCCCUCCAGGCCUUCCACCACCAGAGCCACCCGCCGGCGUCCCGGGAGAAGAAGGCCCGGGCUGGCUCCAACAAGAGCAGCACCAGCAGCAAGACCGGGGACGGGAAGACCUCCGUCUGGAUCUGACCUCGGGCUGCUCUGGCCUGCGGAGGCUCUGGCCGCGUGGGAGAGGGACGCGAGUUCCCGGGCUGUGGGCAGCAGGGCCAUGUCAUGGCUUCAGGUCCUGAGGAGAGAGAUAUUUAAAUCAUUUUGUGGAGCAGUUUUGUAUGUACAGUAUUAUGGCACUUUUUUUCUAAUAUAAAAAAACUUUUUUGUAUGUGUACAUUGAACUACUGUAGUUGUACUUUUUUAUAUUAAAAAAAAAAAAUCCUUACAAGAAAUGCCUGUCGGGCCAGUGUUACUACUUUUUUUAGCAAGCUCGACUCUGGCUUUAGAGUGUAACUGAUGCUCAUUUCCUCAAAGUGCCUCCUGCCAUGGGAGAGGAGGUUUCAGACCCAAGGAGACUGGAAGGGAGUCCACCAGGAGGAGCUGGUCUUCUCUCCCGCCUGAGGAGUCUGGCCCCGUGUUCCUGCGACAGAUGUGAUUCCACAGGCGAUGUAGGCUCCCUGGGGACCCCUGUAGGUCCCGAGCACUGCUGGGUGCCAUGCCGGGAGCCCGGGCCCGUCCUAGCCAGCGAAGGACACAUUACCAUUCCUUUCCCUUAACGUGCUGCCUCGCUUCAGACCCUCACCCUUUGUGCGCCCUUCCUGAGUGUCCAGGCUGCCUCCCUGUCCCCAGCUGGUUUAAACACUUCCUCCUGUCAUUUUCACCU